ACUUUAACGUGGCCAAGGCUGAGUGGCGUAUGAGCCGCAAAGUGCGGAAGCUGUUUGUUGGCGAAGACCCUUUGCCUCGCGCUGCAGUGGCAAGCAAGUACAAGACGGCACUGUCUCAAGAAGCUGCUGAUGAAUUGGCUCUUUAUUUCAUUCAGCUGGACAUCGACAAGCCUAACGGAGUUCGCCGUAGUGACGCGCUGGCUCUCGUAGCCUCACUCGGCUUUGACCCCAAAAACAAAGUCUGCGGCAACUUUGUCCGUAGCGGCAAGGGCAGGCCCAUCGAAGUCGCAGAGCUCAUAGAGGCUCUUUUGCUGGACGAGGAGGCGCACCCUGAGGAGGCUGCAGCCUACAGGCAGCAGCAGCAAGAGCAGCAGCAGCAGGAGCAGCAGGAGCAGCAGCAAAAGGAUCAGCAGCAGCAGGAGCAGCAGCAGCAACAGCAGGAGCAGCAACAUGGAGAACAGGAAAAGCAGCAGCAGCAAGAGCAGCAGCAAGAGUCGGAGAAGAAAGAUGAUACAUCAAGCUCCGCAGCAGCAGCAGAUGAAGCAGCAGCAGCAGCAGCAGCAGCAGCAGGGAUUGAACUAGCUGCUGGCAUUCCUGUGUCUCUUCCUGGCGAAAAGCCCCAGGAGAGAGUUCUGCGUAUCCUUAGAGAAGCCAAUGCAAGGGCGAGGCCCACGGCCUGGGCCAUUCCGUCGCUGGAACGCAUACAGCCCCCGCUAGCGCCUCUGCUGCAGCAGCAGCUGCAGCAGCAGCAGCUGCAGCAGCAGCAACUGCAGCAGCAGCAGCAGCAGCAGGAUGAAGACAGCCCCGAAGAGGCCCGAGAGGAGCUGCAGCUGCGGCUGCAAAUUGUCCAGAAGACACUGCGGGAUCUUCAGGCUUUGGCCAAGAGGCAA